AAAACGAUCUAAAGUUCCGGCGGGCAGUCGUUGACCAAUUCAUCGUUGUUGGCGUAUUUUCUGAUGCAUUUUGCCAAAAUGCGUGGGAAAUUGGCGGAAACUUGUACUUCUCAUUGUCUAUGACUCAUCGGAUUGAUGGAGUUGUCGGAGCUACCUGAGUGUCCGGUGUGCCUGCAGCCCUACGACGGCGAGUACACAAUUCCUCGUGUACUCACCUGCGGACACACUGCCUGCGAGUCCUGCCUCUCAAACCUCCCCCAAAAAUUCCCUCAGGCGAUUCGCUGCCCUGCAUGUACGGUAGUAGUCAAGCUCCCUCCUCAGGGUCCCUCUCUGCUCCCCAAAAACAUCGACCUUCUGCGGCUGAUCACGGCCUCUCCCCUGCAAAAUCCCCCAAAACCGGUCGACAAACGCUCGAAUGACCUCCAUGUAUCAUUUCUCCCUCGCCUCUGGUCAAGUGAUUUCUACUCUAUUUGGAAGGAUUAUGUUCUUCCGGAACACACUGUUGAGACGGAAAAGGUGAGUGCUUUUAGCGUUGGGUCUUUGUUAUGUGGCGGUGAUUCUGUGCUCAAGGUUGCUCUUGUUGUUAGAGUUAUGGAUUGUUUGAGUGGGAUGGGAGAGGAGGAAAGAGAGGAGCUAAGUUUGGUUUUAAGAUUUUAUAAAAAACAGAAUGACAGAAUUUGUAGGGUGUUGGGUUUAUGUGGUGACUUUGAAGAUGGGUUUUUGUAUUUGGUAUCUGAGAGGGGAAAGAACUCAAGUUCUUUGGAUAAGUUGGGUGAUUUUAAAGAAGCGGACUUAUUUAGUUUUGCAUUGAUCGCUAUGGAGGUCUGUGAGACAGUUAGUGUCUUGCAUAAGGAAGGGUUGAUUGCAGGUUGUAUAGGCUUUUCCUGCUUUCAAUCUGACGAAUUUGGGCAUUUUCAUCUUGAUUUGACUGAGGUGCUAAAGAUGGGAAGGACAGUUCGUAAAGUUGUUUUGGAUAUGGUUUCUUCUUCCAAGAAAAGAAUUAGUGAUGAAGAUAUAGAAGCAUUAUUAACAGAGUUGUCCAAGAGGGAUGUGUUUGUGAGCCCUGAGGUGUUGUUUGAGGUGUUACGGAAAGAGGGGUACGACACAGAAUGUAGUGGCUUAAGGUAUUCGGUAGGGUAUGGGUCAGAUGUUUGGUUAAUAGGCUGUAUAUUGUUUAGACUUCUCAUUGGGGAACAAUUCGGGGUACAGUUUGUUGAUUACUUACAUCAUGUUAUCUUAAAAGCAAGUGAAGAUAACGGGUUAGAUUGCUCAGGCAUUUGCAUGAGUUUACUAGAGAAAGAGAGCACUUUGUUGAGUACUAAAUUUGGUUCAGAGUUUGCCACUUUGCCUUUGAUUCUCAGCAAGAGUUUGGAUAUUGAUCCACAAAAGCGUCCACUUGCCACUGAUAUCUGGAAAUGCAUUAGGGAGUUGGUUAGUAAAUCUCAGUUUGAUACGAUGGUCGCAUUGGAUGGGACAAGGUGUGAGAAGAAUGGAGGUCAAUGUUUGGUUGUUGGAGAAUUGUGUCGGUUGCCCAAGGAAAGAAUGGAGACCCUUGAAAAAGAUGACCAACAAGGAGCUGAAAGCAAUGGUCUUGGAGACUGUGAUCAUGAUGAUGAUGCACAUGGUCAAAGUAAGUUAGUGGAUGGUCUGGCAGAGGGAAACAUCAAAUCCAAAGAUCUACAGGGCCAUCUUGAUUGUGUCACUGGGUUAGCUGUUGGAGGGGGUUUUCUGCUUAGCUCCUCGUUUGAUAAAUCAGUCAAAGUAUGGUCAUUGCAGGACUACUCUCAUGUGCACACAUUUAAAGGUCAUGAACACAAAAUCACAGCCAUAGUCUGUGUGGAUGAGGAAAAGCCAUUCUGCAUUACUAGUGAUAGUGGAGGUGGUAUAUUUUUCUGGAGUAUUACUGUCCCACUAGGACAAGAGCCAUCAAAAAAGUGGUAUGAACAAAAGGAUUGGCGGUUUAGUGGAAUUCAUGCAAUGGCUGUUUCUGAAAAUGGAUAUCUUUAUACUGGCAGUGGAGAUAAGUCAAUUAAAGUAUGGUCUUUGCAGGAUGGCACCCUAUCAUGCACUAUGACUGGCCACAAAUCUGUAGUUUCCACACUAACGCUGUCUGAUGGGAUUCUUUAUAGUGGCGGUUGGGAUGGAACCAUCCGAUUAUGGAGUCUAGGUGAUCAUAGUCUUCUGACAGUAUUGGGGGAGAACACACCAGGAAGUAUGACCCCUGUGUUAGCUCUGGGAGCAGACCAGCAUAUACUUGUUGCAGCUCAUGAAAAUGGGUCUAUAAAGGUUUGGAGGGAUGAUAUAUUUUGGAAAUCAAUCCAAAUACACAAUAAUUCCAUUUUUGCUAUUGACAUGGAUGGGCAAUGGCUGUUCACAGGAAGUUGGGACAAAACUGUUAAUGUACAGGAAUUAGUAGGAGAUGACUUUGAAAUGGAUGCUAGACAUGUUGGAUCAAUACCUUGUCAUUCUACCAUAACAUCAUUGUUGUUCUGGGAAGGGAAGCUUUUUGUUGGAUUUGCUGAUAGGAUGAUUAAGGUAUAUUAUUAUGGAAAGUGAUACUUGGCCAACCACAAGUUGUGUCGGCUUUGUGGUGGCAGGUACUGCAGAUAUUACUAAUAAGGAUGAUUCAGAGCCUUGUAUAUCCUCAGUAGAAUAUGUUAUCGAUAGCAUGAAGUAACUGAAAAAUACCUAAAGGUUUUGAUAUUUAUAGAUUUCAUAAUAUAUAUUUUCUUAAGAAGUUUGUACAUAAGCAGAAAACAGCAACCAAUCAUAGUGCCAUACAAGUUUCUCCAAGACAUGAACAUGAUUCUUGUUUCAAGAAUCAGUGAUCAUUGUAUAUAUACUAUUUGGAACUUCUGUUGUUAAUAAAUUCAUAAAUCAGCCGCUUUUUUUCUUUUGAACAAAUAAAUCAGCCGCUUUUGU